CUCCCCCCAAGAAAAACACCUGUCAAAAUCCUCUCCAAACUUUGACCCAGAUUUACAUUCACAAAUUCUUUGAUUGAUUGACAUCUUUCCGCCUACUUUCUUACUUGUCCAGGCCUGUACCUGUCCAGGUGUCUCUAAGCAAGCUGUAGGAAACAUAGGCCCGUUCGGUAGGCCUAAGCUUUGCUUGUCAGACAAGGAGAGUGUAGUGACUAUCACUAAAGUGAAUAGUCAUAGUGUACUGUACCGUGGCCUUGUUGGGUCUUAGAUAAACUCUAAAAAUGCCUCGCUCGAGAGAGAUUUCACAGCCGAUGGGAUCACAAUCUCCUGAGGUCCUCCAGUGGAAGGAAACCUUGCGUUCGAGGUCACCCUCUCCUGGCCCGACACCAAGGACUUGCUUAACUCCGACGCCUAUCUCAAACUAUAGUUUUGGAGUUGGAAACGGGUCCCUGAGGAGGAGUAACAGCAUGGAGAAACUGCGGUGCAGCACGGGGAACAUCGCGGCUAGUUUCAGCAUGAAUGGUACUGGCAUGACUGGACCUGCUAAAAUGAACAAGUCUACAGAACUGUCCAACAUAGAACAAGAGUACAUCAAGAAUCUCCAACAACAGAUCUACUUUUUAGAACUUGAGGCGAAUUAUCUCCGUGAACAAGCGAGGAAAGCGACAGAUAUGCAUCCUGUGAUGACGUCUGAAGCUGAAAGAAUGCUGGCAAAACUCAGGCAAAUGCAGACGGAGAGUGACGGGUUGCGUCUCGAGUUGAGCAGAAAAGACGGCAAUCUUGAUUACAUCAACACCGAGAAAAUGCGGUUGCUAGAGCGGCUGAAGACAGAGGAAGACAACCAUGCUCGAGAGAAGCGUCUCCUUAUGGACGAGGUUGUCCAGUUCAGGAAGGAGUCAGGCGGACGAGAGAAGGACAUCGCCAGGAAAGACCUCCAGCUUGACAUGGCCAAAGAUGAAAUGGAGAAGAGCACGACGGCACUGAGAGCGGCUGAGCAGAAGAUAACUCUCUUGAGAAACCAGUUGGACCAGCGGAUUGAGCAGCACAAGAUGACGCAGUUAGCCCUCGACGAAAAACGAGGUGAAUCUCUACGACUUGAGACGCAGUUACGGGAGGUCGAGGAGAAAUACUACAGUAGUGCUGCCACCAUGCAGGAUAAGGCCACUCAGGAUCUUAGGGAUGAGAUACGUAUGCUGCGCCAAAAGUUGAAGGAGACGGAGAUCCAAGCCGACCAGGAUCGUUAUCUGCGGAAUAAGAUAUCUGACGAUAGUUCUCAUCUCGUGAAGGAGAAUGCGCUACUCAACCAACAGGUCAUCGAGCUGGAGAACCAGAAUCAGAGGGAGCGUGGGCUCCGUGAAAGCCAAGACACUCGUCGUUCGAUGAACAUCACUGAGCUCGUCUCGGCCAAGGACCAUGAAAAGCAGCUCCAGUUUGAAAUCAACCAGCUGCGUGAGCAACUAAAUCAUGAAAAGGAACGAUGUAAUCACUAUAUGGCACAGCUUGCCAAACAGGAGCAGAUCGCCACGUCCACCGAAUUCAACGCAUCGUCCACCAGGAGUCGCCUGGCCGAGGUCGAGAACGCUCACCACGGUACGGAGACGGAGAAUUCACAACUCCGACGAGAUAAGAUGCUGCUUGUUGACCAUGUCGCUGAUUUACAGAAACAGUUGACACACAAGGAGCAAGAGAUUGUUCAUCUCCACGCCCAGAUUCACUCACUCGACACAAAAGUAUCGCAGUUCGAACGAUUGAAGAUACUGGAGGGGACCGUCAACAGCCAGAAAUGGGAGGAGUUCGAGCGUCUUGCUGACAGCAUGAAGAGUUUGUCUGCGACGAUGGCACAGUCGAGCAGCCCCAGGAUGACCCGGACUGUGGAGUACAGCUAGAUGCAUCCCGGAUGAUGUGCGUUUAGGUUUCGAUUACUGUGAAGGAACUAUUUGUAGAAGAUUUUUUACCUUCUGUGGGUGAGAGAGGGUGGGUUGAUGGUGUUGAUAGCGGGGGUUGAAGGAUAUGGAAGGGUCGUAACCCUGUGAGGGACAGGCUAAACCACUUGAUCAUGGUUGUUCACUGUGCUCAAAACCUAGAUGCAAAGACUUGAGUCUGUGAGUGUGAGGCCCUCAAGUGUUGAAUACAAAUUUGGGGAUCAGGUAUAUGUUGGAUACCUGUGGUAUCAAAUCAAAUUUCAUUACUAAUGAGUUUGGAUAAAGACUAUCAAGUUAAGAAAUAUGAAAUCAAUCUGUCCAUCUGGAGGUGCUUACAAUGUAUAUUUCACAAAAAGCGAAACAACCACUGAAGGUUCCUGCAGCGAAUUGAAACUGUGAUAUAGUGUAACUUUCUUAUUUAUUUUAGCCAAGGAUGAAUUAGUGUCUUGUUUUUAGCUUUGUACGAUACAAAAGUAGCUUUUUGGAGAAAGAUCUAGAGGAUAGCCUGUCAGUAUCUCCUGUUAUUGCUCUCUUAGUACAUAAUUCAGCAGUCAGGCAGGGAGCCCGGUCUUGGGUGUUGUUUCCAAUUUUGGGAGUUUUCCUUGAAACUCCCUGAUCAAGCCAGCUGAAUUGGCUACAGUUCUCUGUUCAGGGGUCAUUGUCAGACUGGUCAGUUCACUCAGGUUGAGACCACAGUGAGCCAGAUUUCUGACAAACUAUCUUAGUUACUGGAAGUAUAUUUUGUUGAGUUUUGCCAGGGUAUAGUAGGUGUCUAUGACCUGGUGUAGUAUAGUGUAUAGUUUGUUCUUCUAUAGAUGUACUGAAUGGAGUCCUUUGUAGCAGAAGGACUCAAUAUAAUACAGGGUUUAGGAAAGUAGCAAUCUCCAAUUCAGGACAUUAUUAGCAGGGGGCAAAAAAGUUUCUCAUGCGGAUUUGGGAUGAAAAGUGAUCUUCUGCUCAUCCCCAGAGAGCCUUCGUGUACAUAUCAGGGAACUUCUUUUCAUGAAAUACAUGCAAGGAACCGGCAGAAUGGUCAGAAGUUGACUCUGCCACACCCAUAUGACAUGGUAUGUCACAGUCUACAGUCGUUUGGCAAGGCAAUGGGACAUGUCUGAGCAGUUCAUGUCAAGACACUGUUAGUGGCUCUGGGGAAUUUAGCAGAGGCCGCAGGCUGCAGGUUAUUUCGGUUAGAUUUUCAUGAUCGGAGGAAAACAUUGUCAAAAUUCCGUCCAUUUUGUAUGUUUUAUGUUUGUUUAAAAGUAUGUAGAUAGUAUUACUAGAAUGUUUUAGAAUUUGAAUUAUGUUGAUGAAAUGAUGUGAAAGUUUUUGGUCCCUGGGUAAAAAUGGCUGCCUGCAGGGAUAAAAUGGCGACUUUGCCAAUCCAAAGAUUGCAUGUACGUGUACACAUAUUGUGCAUUACAUUUCGUAGGAUAUCUGGAAGUUGCUCUUGUUGGCACAAUCCGCAUUCAUGGAACACCCAGUCAAAUAUAGUAUUCGACUUUGAGAUUACCAUUCAUCUGUUUAGUUGGGACCAGCCCGCAAAUAUUUUGUAAACAUGAUUUUUACAAUAUUUGAAAUAAACGAUUCCAUAUGAGAAGUCAA